AUGGAUUCAGAAAAGUCCAUGACACCUGAUACUCCCGGGUUCACACCGGAGGUUUCGGCUUCUGCAGAGGAUACGCACACUGGAAAAUCCAUCCAAUCCUCAGACCCACCACUAAUAGACAAGCAAUCACUUCUCCAGAAAUUAGAAGGUAUCCCCACAGAAACACUUCGGCACAUUCUUACAAAUCAAGUUGAUCUUGAAAUUCGGCUCAAACACAAAGAGUUGAGACUAACCGAGGAGGAACUAGGCAAAUGUGAGGCGCAGAUGCUUGCGAUUCGUAAGUUCUUUGAAGUUCCUAACAACGUCAGUUUUCAGAACGAGCCCAACGAUUUCACGUUAAAGUACUACGACGUGCUCAGCAAGUCGCUUUCUGUGAAUUAUACGAAGCUACAGCAGCAGCAGUAUCUGAACGAUCAUCCCACAUUCAAGGAGAACAUAUUUGCUGAGGCAGAGCCAGUCCAUUCCUAUAGAACACGUUCCACCACCUCCUCGCUACGCCCAUCUCUAAAUGGCCCAGCAGUGCGCAUUCCUGGCUGCCUCUACCGUCGAACUGAUGGUGUGGUGGUGAAACUCACGUGUCCAGACUGUCAGAGAAGUAAUUUCUCGUCAGCUCAAGGCUUUCUAAAUCAUAGCAGAAUUGCCCAUUCAAAAGAGUAUACAUCGCAGGACGCUGCUGCCUUGAGAUGCGGCAACAUUUUACCAGAUGAAUUUCAAGAUGAGGAAGGGCUCGCAAGCUUGAAGUGCUUAAAAGAAAAGAACUUGGAGGCCACCAAGAACCUCAACGUCAAUGAGAUUUACUUCAACGGAUUGAGCAACACGCUCAACACAGUACACAGAUCAUCCGAGGAAAGUAUAGCCCCUGUUACGCAGGACGGCCCAAGCAAAAGUGAACCUCAGAAGCGAAAGGCCAGCGAUUCUGAAUCUAAUGAGUUGAUGAAAAAAUUGAUUAAGAACGGGAUGGCACAUGAUGCCAAAGAUUAUGAGGAUCUAGUAGGAGAAGCCCGAAAGGAAAUCCCCAAUUCACAUUUGUUCGAUGAUGAGGAAGAAGGAGAGAUCACAGCCAAGUCGGUGACACCUCCUGUGAAGGCAUCGGGAGGGUUGCAACUUAGACGAGAACCUGCAAUCCGCAGCACCAAGGGCACACCGAAGAGCACCCUUGUAAACGAAGAAGCGAAGGAUCUGCAAGACAUGACAGGUACAUCCCCUGACAUCGAUCUCUCCAAACCACACUCCGAAGUGGGAGGGAAAUACGAAAACAGAUUGCGCAGAAGAAAAUCACGAGGUGCGGUGGGGGUGGAAGUUCCGAAGCUUCGCCAAGAUGAGCGCGACGAUGACAAGAAACUCAAGAGACGCAAGAGCCAGAGAUGA